AUGGAGAGAGAAAGUCCCAAGUGCAAGGACUCCCCGGGGGGAGCCUGGCCCAAGAAGGGUAGUAGCAUAAGUGCAAAGAGUUCGGCCCGUAACCAAAGUGAGGUAACAGAAAAAAAGGCCCAAAUAAUGCUCGAACAGGAGAAGGAGAGAAACAAAGCUCUCCGUAAGUAUUACAGAAAAAUACAAAAAUGCGGGAAAAAAAAAAAGAGAUUUGGACAAAAGAGGGAAGAAGUGAUAGACGUCGAUUUUCAAAAAGCAGCGACUUGCAAAAUGGGAAAUCACUGGAACCAUCGUGUAGAAGCGAAAAUGAUGAAUGGGAACCAUAUCCAUAUUGACAGGGUCAUAAGGGAUCAUGCUGUUUUGAAUUCCAUAGGUGAUAUGUACAGAACGGUCUACGAGGAUAAGUCUCAUAAUUGUUGUCACCCACUAGCGUUCUCACGGCAUGUGUCUGUUCCGAAUAUGGCAAUGAAUGACUUUAACCAUUUGAUUGGUAGGAAUGAAAAUGCAAAUCGGCCAUGUUACAAUGCGAACUUAAGUUUUUCAAGGCAUCUUUACAGAGGGGGGAAUGCAAAUCUAAACCUUAGUAGAGGAUAUACGAACUGGGGGGAAAGGACGAACCAAAUUCGCCCUCACCGUGAUAUAUUCAUGUGGAGGCAGGAACCUGUUGUGACAGGGGUUCUCACGAACCCUGCUUAUCUGAUCAAUGGGUGCGGAAGAAUCGGAGAUGGGAAUCAUACUGUUCUGCGCCAAGUGAAUCCACCCAUGGUGGACGCACGUGUUGCAGCCUCCAAUGGUGUUAGAUGUAGUGCAGGUGUCCCAGGUCCUAUAUAUGGUAUUCAUCAUGCAGACUAUGCUAGUAGGGGUGAUAACGGUAUGGAUCCUUAUUUUAUUUUCCAAAAUGUACCCAGGGAAAGAAAAGUGUGCCAAGCACAUUUUGCGCAAAUGCAGGAAGAACAACAAAGGGGGGUAGGAAUUAACCAGGGAAUGCAAGGCAAUAUCCACUGUGUUGCUACACCGCAUCCAUUUUGUACAAUCCACCCCCCCUACCGGGGGUAUAAUUUCGACCUACAAAUGAGAGGAGCCAUGCCUAACCAUGUAGUUUACAUGCAUCCCUCUCAUAUUGCACCACUGCACCGAGAUAUCCGACAGAAAAGACGCCUCGAAUGUUGCAGAAGGAGACCACUUAACGCAGAUGCUAGGGAACAUGCUAACGAACAUGCUAACGAACAUGCUAACGGACAUGCUAACGAACAUGCUAACGGACAUGCUAACGGACAUGCUAACGAACAUGCUAACGAACAUGCUAACGGACAUGCUAACGAACAUGCUAACGGACAUGCUAACGAACAUGCUAAUGAAGAAAGGUUUCAUAUCAGGGAGGUAAACCCCUGUUAUCACAAUUUGAGGAUGCCGAAUUGUCCUAAUAGGAUAUUAACCCCCCUGAGGAUAAAUCCACAUUUCGCUUGUGUCAACAGUGCACACAUUCGUACAGAUGCACUCGGGAGGAAUAACAUCUUUGUUUCCCCAACUUGGAACAAGAGAAGAAAAUUAGAAAUAAAUGAACCUUUGCACAGGAUACCAUGUUAUGAGACAAGGAUGUUCCCACUGAGAGAGCAGGCUAACUUUAUGAAGGAAGUACAAAUGGGUAGCCACCUGCUAGCCCACCCAGGUCCACUUUCUUUCCACCUAGUAAACCAAAACGGUGAUGACAACCAUUUUGGAAACGAAGUACAGAGAGGAGUUGGAAGAGAAGAAGGGCAUUGUUGGACAAACGAAUGUACUCCGCGUUGGUCGAUCCCGGGCAUGACCAUCGGUGGAGUUGCUUCCCCAUCCAGAGGGUGCAACCACACGGAAGACAAUAGGGACAGUACCGACAUAUACUGCCAACGGAGCGAUCACCAGAAUGAGUAUUGCAAGGAGAAUGGGCAGAUGGAAAAGAUCGUACAGUAUGGGCAAGAGGUACUUCCCCCAGCCCACGAGGCCAUCCUCCAACACAGCAAAGAAGAGACCAACGGGGAGGAGAGUAACUUGGUGAAGAAAGAAACGGGGGUGCCAUUAAAAGAGGACAACAAAUUUCAACAGAACUGUGGACUGUUCAGAAAUUAUGUUUUUUCAUUUAAGAACCCACCUAAGGAGGAAGAGAAGGAGGAGAAAGAAGAGAAAAGCGAAAAGGAUGAAAAGGUCGAUAACGGUGCAACGCCCGAGAAUACCCCUACGAAGUACAAGACGCUGAAAAACGAAAAGCACGCCCUACCAAACAGCGAAGCCCGUUACAAAAAGUUUGAGGAGAAAUAUUUCUCAGAGGACCAGAUAUCAAGUGACUUUCAAUGGAGAGAAGUGGACGGAACUAUUUCUUCUCACGCGCAAGACUUUCUAUUUUUCGAUGAGGAGGACCUGAAGAUGGUUUCUCUGGAUGUGCUGGACCACAGCACAAGGAGUAUCAGCACGAGCGGGAGCAGCGAUGAAGGAAGUGGUGAUAAACGCUCCUACCUCCCUCGAAAGGGAAGAAGCCAACUGCACCAAGGCACAGAUGACGAAGGACAUAAAAGCACUCUCCUCUCCAACCAGCAGGUGAAGCCCAUCCCCAAACCCGACCAUAAACCAUGCAAAAAGGAAAAAAAAAAAGGCAGUGCCCACAAGAGAGGUGCACCAAAUGGGAACCACCCAAACAGACCAAACAAAGUUACAAAGACAGGUAACGUGAAGCUGGUGGCCGAUGGGGAGAAGUGCCGCCAUAGAGAUCGACCAGUAGAGAAAACACAUAGAAAGAAAAACAAGUCUGUUAUCAUGUAUGCCAAAAUUAUGAACAUAAGUUAUGAAUAUGGUGCAGAUGUGCUGAAGCAGUUUAGCCACCCCGCAGUUAAUUUGUUUAAUACGAACAAGACGCACAUUGUAAAGAAGAAGGAAAAGAAGAGGAGGGAAGUUUACAGGUACGUCGAUGCAGAGGAGGAGUUCGGGGAGGUUCAUGAAGUGAAACAUUCUGUGAAGCAUUCAGUGGAACAUUCAGUGGAACAUUCAGUGGAACAUUCAGUGGAACAUUCAUUGGGACAUGAAGUGAAACACUCAGUGGAGGAAAAAGUGACGGAAGAAAUGGUAGAAGAAAUGGCGCAGGAAAUGGCAGAAGAACUGGCACAAGAGUUGGGGCACCCAGGGAAAAAAACAAAACGUAACUACAAAAAGAAGCAGGAAGAUCCAGAGAAAAAAAAAAAAAAAUUUAUUAGCCACAAGAUAAAAAGACACCUCCUGUGUAUCAACGCGAGGAUCGUAAUAAAGGAAUGGUACAUUGAUUAUGGAACCUCCGCCAGUAUCACCCCCUACAUCUACGUAGUGUCUGAAAAUGAUAACCGCUACAAGCUAGACAGAGUGCACAAUAAAUAUUAUUCCAUGUUCACCAAUGUAAGACUGAAGUUUGAAGUUACCACCAGAAUUGUAAAAUCGCUGCAGGCCUAUCCAAACAUUACAUACAAAGAACUUGUUGGCCACUUAACACUGUACGAGUGUAUUAGCAAAAAGAUGAAGAAGGAAAAGGAGGAGUUCAUACAAAAAGAAGAUUUGUUGUCAUCCACGUGGGAGGACGAACGUACCAAUCGGGGCGGGAAGCAGAAAAAGAAGAAAAAGAAACACAAAAUGUGGGAGAAAUGGGAAAAGUGGGACAUGAGGGAAAGGCUGAUUGAUGAAUCAUAUCCAGGGGAUAGUUGCGAAGAAGACGAUUUUGCAUCAUGGAGAAUACACCCACAUGAUUGCUACCCCUUGUUGGAUGAGGAACUUGCCAAAAUGGCAGAAAACUCCGAAAACAAAAAAAAAGAAAAAAAAAAAAAAAAAAAAAAAAAAAAAGGGAAAAAAGAAGGAAAAAAAGAAGAAAGAGGAAUCCCCCAUUAUGGAACAGUAAGCAAGAAGUGCACAUGGGGGGCACCAUACGCUGUAUACAAGUGCAACAGAAAGGUCAUAAUCAGAAUGUAUAAGUUUAUUAAGAACGAAAUGAAAAUAUUAACUCAGGGGUUCAACGUAAAGUGCUUGCUGUGCACUCCUUUCAUGAGGAUCCUAGCACAGAAGUUUAAAUUUAAGCAUAGGAAGAAUCAACAGGAGAAGAGGUUAACAGGAGUGUGUUCCCUUUCUGUGGACAAGCAUAUAUGCUCAGAUGGUCUUCUAAACUGCCACGAAAAUGUAGAAUAUCGUAGCUCUAAGAAGAUCACACGCUUUUACCUUAUUAGAAGCUUCGUUAAGACAGAAAAGGGGAAUGUAGAUAAGUGUGAGACCUCAUGUGGAUGCACGGGUCAAGCAAAGACAGAAGAGAAGGAGGAGUGGGAUAACCAAUAUGUGCUCAUGGGAGGUGGUGAGAUUGACUCGUCCAGCGUAUGUGCCCACGGGGGGGAAGAGCACACAACGAAAAAUGAAUCGACAAAUGGAUGGAAAAAUGGAUCGAAAAAUGGAUCGAUGUUGAUUGAACUCCCCGCCAAAUGUUGCAGUUGCUACACCCAGCGUGAAAUUUCUUCCCCCCUGGAUUUGAUUAACCCCCUGGAACACGAAUCGGUGCUAAACAUAUGGGUAUUCCUUUGGACAUAUAGACAGGUGACGCAUACCAAAAUGAAGGUUAGCCAACUGAAUGAGGAACUCCUACAGAGAAGAAGUACCUUUAGGAAAGAAAUGGUGGGAGAAAUAAUUCUAGAAAGGAUACUAGAGAAUGAGCAUCUUUACAAAAAUGAGGUAUUUGUUUCAAUUCUCGAAAAUAUAUGUGGUGAGAAAGAACACGACACGUUAGAGGGUAUAACAAAUUCUCAAAGGCAUAAUAGUUGUACAGAUGAAAUGAUGAGGGUAAUACUGCUGCUAUUGUACAGGUCCCUACGAAUUGAUCGACAUAGAAGGAGCUACUCCAUGGGGGACAAACAAAAUGGUGCGUCUAGGAACGGUAGUCCAGGGAUGAACUCUUCCUCUUACGAUAUUUUGGACCAUUUAGAAGAUCCUAUGCUGAACGAAAUUUUGAAUUUUCCAUUUAAGAGAUGCCUCACUGGGGGUGGAAAGAAAAGAAGAGAAGAUAACAUUUCUGAGGAGGAUAAAAUUUCACCAGGGAAUGGAUCGAUAGAUAACGAAUGUAUGAAUGGAAAAGCCCCCCCAACGGAGGACUCACAAACUGAACAACAAAAGAACGUAGAACAUUGUACAGAAGGGAUAGGAGUUGAAGGGGAAUAUCCACCAGCAGAUGACGUAGAGGAGAAAAAAGGAAGUACCCACAUGAACAAUACAAAUGAGGAAAUCCAACCAAUUAUGGAAAAUCAGAACCAUGAGACAGCUAUUCGAAGUGAUGGCGCCCCCCCAAAUUUUAUAAUAGACGAACGAGACGUUAAGGACAAUUCUUAUGGAAAGACCCUGUUAGACGUUUUAACAGAAAGGAAUGAACAGAAAAAACUUUUCGAUUUUUGUGAAGACUUGAGAUUAUUGGACAAUUUAACGUGGCCACUAUAUUUAAAAAAAUGCCUUUUUAUGUUGCUAUACGUAAUGAAACACUCCUUUUUGUUUGAAGAUGGUGACGCCGAAGAGGGGGAAGAUGAAGCCUCAAGUAAAUUAACCCCCAAGGAAGAAAACUCUCUUUCCAGGAAGGUGAAUUUAUCAUGCGAAGGAUCUAUUUCCCCCCUAGAUAGUAAAAAUGAUGACCAGAAAGCAGAGAUAGAAAGAAAAACCAUCUCUGAAUGUUGUAUAGAAUUACAACAUGUAAAAAUGAAGAAGUACCAACUGAGUUGGGUUCCAAAUGAGACUGAUAAUUUCGAUGGGAAAACAUCUUGUAGAGAGGAUCUGCUAGCCAUUUUGCAUUUCCUCUGUGAAGAAAAUACCACCUUUGAAAUGUUAAGUACAAAUGAAAAAAUAAAGCUUUUCAACAUUUUUAUAAAUGUAAUAAGAAGUAGUACUGUUGAACGGGAGAGAGAAAACGGUGAAGAAGAGCACUUGAAAAAGGUAAACGGGGAUGUAGUUCUGCAGACAAGCAUGGAGGGUGCAUCUAACAGUGCGUCGAAUGGGGAACUGCCUGGAGAUAUACCCACGAAGGGAACACCAAGCAAUGGAAAAACUGAAGUGAUGAACGAAGGAGAAGACAUAAGGGGCCACCUACCUGGUGAUGAAAGAAGCUAUGUCGAACGGGUGGGAGAACAAUUUGACGUUAAAGUGCAUCUGCUUGGAAAGGACAGACAUUCGAACAAGUACUACAUUUUUGGGGCCCCCCUGGGAUGUACAGACUGUAUAUACGUUGAGUGCGUCAAUGAGGGGGGACCUAUCCAUGCGCCCCUUCCAAAUGGUUCCCUUCCAGAUGAACCGCAAGAUAGGAUAAUGAACCCACUCCAGGAAGGACACACCACUUCUACACCGAAUAGCCCUUGCCCCGGAGAAAUGAACCCACCAAAGGGUAAAACUCAAAUUGGCUACAUUGAAGGGGUGGAUAACAUAACCCGGUUUGUGGAACUUUUUUCCCCAUUAUCCGUGGAAGAAACGGAAUUGAAAAAGAGACUCGUUCAGUUGAGGGAGGCACUAGUAACCACGUGUCAAGUGCACCAGGUGGGGGGUCCAUUUGAGGAAGGCACCAGUGGGGAAAAUCCAACCAAUGGUAACAUAUGCACGGAGGGAAAAAAAAACAACUCAAGCAGGGAUGCAUCGGGAGGGGAAAGCCAAAGUGUCGACGAGGAAGGGAAUCCCCCCACCGAUAUACAGUAUUCGCAUUGUAAAAAAUACGACGAAGUAAGCAAGCAAGAGAAAAUAAAAGAGGCAACAGAACCGGGUGACAAAUACCAAAUACUGAACAAACACGUAGAAGGUAAACACACAGAUGUAUGUCCACACAAACUGGAGAAGACUCAAAAAAAGGAAAAAAAUUCCCUUUGGGAUAAUGAAAAAGUUAUAUUGGAUCAGAUGCUAUGUUUUAUAGAAAAGCUGCUCUACUUUGUAAAAAAAACCAAAAUGGUUUUGAACCAAUGCGUACAGGAUGAAAUGGUAAGGUCGGUAGACAGCUUCGUCCUAAUGUGCAUAGGAACAUUUGUAAGGGGUAAUAUAACCAAUGAUCUUGGAUAUAUUUUUAAAAAUUUUGUAAAUCUGAUUAUAAAUAUUGAAACAUUAUUUUUCAGCCAUCCGUAUUGUUUUUUUUUGAAAAAGAGGUGGAGAAAGGAGUUGCGAAAUUCCUGGGAAAACGACAUGUGUUUUUUGAAGUGCCUAAUUGAUGAAGACCUCGAAGACAUAAACGUUUUCGAUAUAUUGCCCACUUUGUGUUUUUAUUUUAAUUAUUUUGUAACCUACGGGUUGAAGGAAAAAGCUAUUCACAUGUACAGGAAAUACGGAUUGACGGGGAUGGUUUCCGAGUUGGAGGAUGUCGCCGGGGGGGCUACUGCUCAGCGCAAGUUACAAUUGUUGAAGAAGGUCCGAUUGAUGCUGAAGGGGAGUCAUGGGAGUGCCGCCAAGGAACCAAGGGGGGACACCCAAGGAGACACUGAAGUACGCCCUGAAGAUUAUCCCCAAGACGAGCGCAUAAGUGACGUGCUCAGAGAAAUAUGCAAAUUUUUGCCCUACCAGGUAGACGGUAAGUACAUCUAUUUCAAAGAGGGGCAUUUAGAACACAUGGAGAUACUUUUCAACAACAAUUUGUUUUUUUCCGAACGGAAUAAUUUAGAGAAGAUUAACAUCAAGGAGAUCGUCGAGGUGAGGGAUAUAAAAAUGUUUUUGAUCCCGAAGAAGGACCUAUGGAGGUUGGGAAAGGGUACCUCCUCGGGGGACAACACGGGAUGCACACAGAAUGGAAAGCCGAAUGAUCUAACGGAAGUAGAACGGACAGACCAAACGAAGGAAGACGGUCUACGAGAUAAUGAGGAAACGACACCUUCACUCAGUGGGAAGGAAGAAUUAUCCAACGAAGCGAACAGAUCACCUACAUAUCAUACAGACUACCACAUACUGAGGGAAGGCUUAUUCAAACUUAAGGAAGAAGUGGAAAGGAAAAAAUGGGGCCCACCAAAUAAACAUAAUACACUGUAUUUAAAACCGCUGGAGGAGUAUACAAAGGUUCUGGAGGCACAAAUAUGUAGCAGUUUUUUAUGUCCCAAUUUUGGGACACUUGUAGAUGUGAAAAAUGAUCUGAAGAGGGAGACACCCGUUGGUGAGAACAUCAUCAAGGGAGAAUCAACAGUGCAUAGAGACAACUCAGAGGAGACCUUCGUCUACGUGUGCCAACUGCAUUGUGUAAUAUAUCCACGUGGUGACCUAAAGAAAGGCAGUGAAGAAUAUAUGAGGCAGUUACAAGAACCAUAUUCUGCAUGCGAAAGGUUGGAUGACCAAAGGGACUUCAAAUGA